CUGGGGCGGAUCUCCGGGAUGAGCCUCGUUCAAUCAAGACACCAUAGUUCCCUACGCGUCCUGUGUGGUGCUGUACAUUCUAUGGCUCACUGAAACCUAAUUAGAGACUUCGCCGAGACCAACAGCCACUCACGUCCUACGUACAGUUGCACAAGCUCGGAGCAUCAUCACCGAAAGGGGAAAGUGCGAUACCCCUACACUGAAAGUCUCAUGCAUGGAAAUCGCGAGGUCGAGAUAACUGUCGUACUAACCUGACAGGGGCACCCGGAGAUCAGCAUGGUACUGUACCGAUCAGUCAGCGGUGAGACGAAGAGAUAAAGUUCAGGCCGCAGUUUCGCAUUGUACUUUGGUAUCUUUUCUAUUCAUCGAUUACUUGGAACUAUCAUGAUGGAGAAAAAGACACCAAGCAGCGCUGCGGAUUAUGCAACACCAGACAUUUUGUCUGGAGACGUCGAACCCCAAGGUUUUGAUGCUGCAGCUACAAAGAGGCUUCUUCGCAGACUGGAUUGGCACAUAAUUCCGUUCAUGUCUCUAAUCUAUCUUCUCUGCUUUCUCGAUCGCACCAAUAUUGGUAACGCACGUCUUGAUCACCUUGAACAAGACCUCAAACUACACGGCAUUCAGUACAAUAAUUGCCUCGCCAUACUCUUCCCCUUCUACAUCGCCGCUGAGAUACCAUCGAACAUCAUGAUGAAGCGCACACGUCCCUCAGUCUGGCUUACCUUCAUCAUGUUCUUCUGGUCACUAGCGAUGAUUUGCCAGGGAUUUGUAUCUAACUACUCCGGACUGAUGGCUACGCGUGUUUUCCUAGGCGUCUUUGAGGGCGGGCUGUUUCCCGGAGUCAACUACUAUAUCACACAAUGGUAUGUGCGAAACGAAUGUGGCUUCCGUAUGGCCAUGUUCUUCUCAGCAGCGACAUUAGCUGGGGCCUUUGGUGGUAUCCUAGCGCGAGGAAUCGCCGAGAUGUCAGGCGUGGGUGGUAGAGCAGCAUGGGCGUGGAUUUUCAUCCUGGAGGGGAUAUUGAGUAUCUUGGUGUCGAUGUCAGCUUAUUGGUACAUCCACGACUAUCCAGCAACUGCCCGCUUUCUGACGGACAAAGAGCGCAACGAGGUCCAGCGCCGUCUCCAAGCAGACCAAGGCCACCUAUCCAACGAAUUCAACAUGAAAUACGUCUGGCAAGCCAUCAAAGACUGGAAGAUAUACAUCCACAUGCUGAUCUGCAUGGCGGGUUUCUGUCCAAUCUAUUCCUUCGCGCUCUUUCUGCCCACGAUCAUAAAGAACAUGGGCUACACAGCCAACGAGGCACAACUCAUGUCCGUCCCACCGUACGUGUGUGCCUGCUUCUUCACCAUCGCCGCGAGUUGGUAUGCGGAUAGAGUGGGCAAGCGUGGCAUAUUCCUCAUGACAUUUCAAUUGAUUGCUAUCGCUGGCUUUUCUAUGCUCGCUGCAACUGCCAAGCCUAGUGUGCAGUAUGCCGGGACUGUACUAGCAGCUAUCGGUAUAUAUCCACAGAUACCAUUGGGUAUGGCAUGGAACAGCUCGAAUAUCGGCGGCAGUCUCAAGCGUGGCACAGGUAUCGCUAUGCAGGUCAUGGGAGGAAACUGUGGAGGCAUCAUCGCAUCGUAUGUGUACCUCAGCCGUGAUGGUCCGAGAUUCAUCACAGGUCACAGCAUCUUGAUUGGAUUCAUCAGCAUGGCGUUCUUCCUGACGUUCUUCAUGUCAACUUGGUGUCGACUGGAGAACACGAGACGGGACAAGAAGGUAGUCGAGUUGGCAGCUCAGGAUUUGACCGAGGAGCAGAAGCGAUCGGAGAGUGAGCUCGCCGAUAGUGUGCCUUGGUUUAGGUAUACCACCUAAUGUGUGCCUCAACGGCUGCUACUUCAUUUGGGAUUUUCUCAGAAUCACAAUAGACUAGAACUAGCUUAUUACAAACUGUAGAACAGUG